AAUAGGGGCGCCUCCCCCGAGGGCUCGGCAGGGCCGUGUGAAGUUAUGGCGGUGCUGGUGCUGGUCCGCUCUCCGCUGCCGCGGCUUCGCACUCUGCUCCAGCGUUACUGGGGGCAGCUGGAGCGCGGCCUCCGGCCGGGUGUCUUCGGGAGCCAGAACCCGCCCUGGGGAGCAGCACUAGCUGUGCAAGGUCCAGCUCUUGUUCCACAAGGGAUGAAUGGCGGCGAGAGCAGCGCCAAGGCGCCGAGCCUGCUGGAGAGUGUGGUGUGGAUGGCAGCGCCCAAGCACAGACGCACCAUCGAGGUGAACCGCUGCAGGCGGAGGCAUCCCACCAAGCUCAUAGAAAUAAAGAGGAAUAUAGAUGUUUGUCCUGAAUGUGGAAACUUGAAGCAGAAACACGUCCUUUGUGGCUAUUGUUACGCGAAAGUCAAAGAAGAAACUCGACUGAUACGGAUGGAAAUACACAAGAAGGAAGGAGGACCACUUAAUGCUCCAGCUGUAGAGAGUGUUGUCCUUUAUGAAGGAGAAAAACCCACAGAAAAAGAUGAAGGCAAGCGGAUCAUUGAGAGAGCCAGGAACCGCCCAUCUUGGUUUGUUCAAAAUUGAUGCUGUAAAAUUAGUGGUGGCAAAAGCAGUUGCUGCAGGAAGAGAAACUGAUUUUCAAGAAUGUUUUUCUUGUUCACUCAGUGCGAACAGAACUCCUCUGAACCUUUGAGACGCCUGCUUGAAUUUUGUGUCAUGCGCAUAUGGUUUUACAGUCAGAUGUUGUUUCUCUCGCAUGUAGUGAGAAAUGCUUCUCAGUGAUACAUCACAGCAGUCAACAGAGAGAAAUCAGGAUCUGCCUUGGAUUUGGAUAUUUGCAUAUCAUUCCAUGAACAGUUUGUAUGCUGAUGUUCUAUGCUGGUUUUGUAAAUAACAUCUUUUAAAUUCAUGGACAGUACAAUAAAGUUUGCUAAGUGUCCCAGGGAAAUUUGCUUUCUGGUUUUGGCUGUUGCUCUUUUGGAGGGGAAAAACGUUUAAAAGUGAUACUGAUUAGAAACAAAGGAUGUUUGCAAGGAAAGAUGCAGUUAUUUCCUUUAUGUGGGUUUCCACAAUGUUGCCAUUUGAGAUAAUUUGUGAUAGUCCUAGGUUUGAGCAAUAUAGUGGUUGCAGCAUAGUAUUUACAUUUUUUUCUGCACUGGAUGAUGGUUGAGUGUUCCUUGCUGUUGUCAGUAUACGAGAUAAUUUUCUAUCCUAAAGGGAUGUGGAAAGCCUCUUUUCCCUCCCUCAACAUACACUUGAGUAAAAAACUGAAUUGAAAAGUAAUGACUGGAAAUCUGUAAAUGUGAGAGGGGGUCAAAGCUGUCUCUUUCUAGCUGUUCAGUAGUCUGGGUGGUCAGUCUGUCCUUGGAAAACUGCAGCCAGCCAUGUUAUCUGGAGAAGUUCUGGGCAGAGAGGGGGCAGCUCUGCCUCCACUCUCCACUGGUGCCCUUCAGAAGUAAAGUUGCAGCACCUGCCUGUAUUUUCACUUUGGUGUUAGCCACACAGCAGUACCACUGCAUUACGGGUUUAAGUCUGUUUUAUGUUUUUCUUUGGAUUUUCAGUAUACAGAUAGUAUACAUAGUAGUCUUUGGUUUUGUGCCUCAGCCAUUCUAGUAGCUAUUUGCUGACAAAAAAUGCAAACCUGCUCCAACCCUGUCACAGAAUCCCAGAAUCCCUAGGUUGGAAGAGCCCUGCUAGAUUGUCCAGUCCAACCCAUGCCCUAACAGCACCUCAACUAAAGCAUGACAGCAUGACCAGCCAAUCAUUUUUUUAACGCAUCCAGGGAUGGUGACUCCACCACGUCCCCUGGGCAGACAAUCCCAGUCUUUUAUUACUCUUUCUAGAAAAGACUUUUUCCAAACAUCCAACCUAAAUUUCCCCUGGUGCAGCUUAAGACUGUGUUCUCUUGUUCAGUCAGUUGCUGCCUGGAAAAAGGGACCAAGCCCCACCUGAGUACAACCACCUUUCAGGCAGCUGUAGAGAGUGAUAAGGUCACCUGCGAGUCUCCCUUUCUCCAGGCUAAACAACAGCAGCUGCGUCAGCCAUUCCUCAUAGGACACGUGUUGCCAGCCCUUCAGCAGCCCCCUUGCCCUCCUUUGGAUGCGUGUGCUCGUGGGCCUUGCAGCUGGUGGCAGAGAAGCAGCUUCUAGUGCCGUGCCAAAGAGAGGAAUGACUGGGACACGUAGCCGCAUAGCUAUAUAGAUAUAUAACUAGAGUGUAUAUAUAGAAGUCCAAAGCUUUUUAUUAACAGUUGUGUUUUUAAUAGAUAGCGAUACUGGAUAAACUGCUAGAUAAACUAGAUAGUGAUAGUGAUAGUUUACUAAUUAUGAAAUUAUUUCAUAAAAAGCUGUAGCACAUAUAGAAUGUCACUUCCUGUUGUGACCCAUAUGAAGACUCUGUAGUUACUGUGCUUAUGCGAGGCAAGAUUUUCAUAACAUUGAAGUAUUUAUAAAAUAUAUAGUAUACACAUAUUGAAUACAAAACAAUAGGUUAACAAAAUGGAAAUGAAAGUAAAAACCAAAUUCUAUCGAACUUCUACAGAAUUACACAGAAUAAUAGCUAUUCAUACUGAAAUCUUUGCUGAAUAUAUAGAAUGUUCUGUAAUGACAAAAAUCAUCAUCAUAGAUAUGAUAACAACACACUAAAUUCUGUAUGUAUGUCAUGUCACUAUCUCGAGUGACAAUAUUUAUGCUCUGCAGUUACUGUAUUUAUGACGGGAAAGUUGUCUAUUACAGAAAGAUAUUUUUAAAAAUAGAUAGAAUGCAUAUCACAUGUCGAAUAUUUGCCUACAGAAAUACGGCCACCUACAGUGUCACUAUCUGUUUGGACAUACAUGAAUGCUCCAUAGUUAGUGUACGUAGGCCUGGCAAGCAUGAAACUGCUUUGCUGUUUUUUCAAUAAAAUGCAAUCUUACAGAA